UAUCUAAUAGAUAAACAAAGGGGAAUGUAUUAUUAAAAUUUCAUAAAAAUUGUGCUAUUAAAUAAAUUGUUUUUGUUGAUAUGGGAGGUGAAAAACUGCGUUCUGGGUAAAUUUGUGGCCUCUUUUUCACGUGGUUCUCAAGAAGAAGCAUGGGAGCCAAAAAACCAGACCCCAAAGGAGGGUCAAAGUCAUCAAAAGCCCCUGCUAAGAAGAAGGAAGGAGGUGGCGGAAAGGCCAAAAAGAAGAAGUGGUCUAAGGGAAAAGUGAGGGACAAGUUGAACAACUUGAUUUUAUUUGAUAAAGCAACUUAUGACAAAUUCAGCAAAGAAGUGCCCACGUACAAGCUAAUCACUCCAUCAGUAGUAUCAGAGAGGAUGAAGAUCAGAGGAUCCCUGGCUAAGCAGGCCCUGAGAGCCCUUUGCAGGGAAGGUAAAAUCAAGUUGGUUUCCAAGCAUCAUUCGCAGCUGAUCUACACACGAAUGACAAAGGGAGAAGAAGGCGAGGAGUCUUAGUUAAAUAAACUUGUCAGAAAAAAAGUAUUUUGUUCAAUCUUGUUCAUUCAUACUCAAAUAUUAGCGUUUCAUUGAAUUCUGGAUUUCAUGGUUGUGCAAGACCAUUAAAUUUUAAAAGUGAUCAACUCAGUGCAAUUUGUCCUCAUAAAAAGAUGAAGACGAUGGUUUUCCGCAAAAUAAUAUCAGCGAUACCGUAGUGUGCUUUUUAAGAUAUCACAAAAUUUGAACCUCUUGAAAAUUUAUGAUGCCAGGUAUAUGAAUAACUUAUUUGAAGCUUUAUGACCUAUUACUUUUCAGGAGGUCUUAUAAGUUUAUUAUGCAACAAAUAUUUUUUUCAUGUUCACUUCCUUUAAAAGAAAAGUAAUAGGUCAUAGGAAGUGAACAUGAAAAAAAUAUUUGUUGCAUAAUAAACUUAAAAGAUCUCCUGAAACUAAAUAGUGUGGAUCUAAUUUGCUUGUUUCUAUCAAUUAAACACUAUUAAGUUAAAGGUUUAUGGAGGUCAUCCAUUAUUUCCCAAUAUGCAUCUGUGCUCUGAUGUAGAUGAGACACAUUGCUGUUGUUGACUGGGUCACUAUUAUACAGCAGAAAUUUAUGGAUUCAUAUUAGAAUUGAUGGAUAAGGUUUUGGAGCAAAAAGAAUUGAAAUCAAAUCUAAUUACAAUGCAUUAAGAAAAAGAAGAAAACACUCCCACAAAAUAUCUCCAACUUCUGAACUUGCUCAGAAGCACUAGUACUGUUAUAUUUCAAGAUUCCAAAUCAAUUAAUUUUAUUAGAUUUUAAAAUACUUGGAGAUCAUUAAGGUGACUAUGUCAUAAAAGUACUGCAAUAUAGGCAUAUAAAUUAUACAUUUAAUAAUAAUUGAUGUACAUGGACCACAGAUAAAUUUCGGAGAUGCAAUUUACAGUUAUAUUAUUUAUUUACACUAAUAAAAAUUACUUAUUCAGAAUCUGUAUCAAAGUCUGAGGUUUUAAGAAAUCCUUUAUAAUUGCAAUGCUCUUUAGGAAAUACACCCUUAAUUUAUGUCCCAACAAAUGAGGGUAAAUUAAAACUACUCUGAUUUUUACCCCCAAGAGGCUGACCUAGUUGAUAAACUGUCUGUAGGCCAUAAAACUUGAUAGCAUGCAUGCAACAGAAUUGUUACUGUAUUCUAUCACGUGUAAUUGGAAAUAUUUACACACAAAUGCCAUGUUAUGUUUAGAUUUUAAUACAUGUGAAUACAGAAGGUAUUUUUCAU